UUUUUCUCUCUUUCACAAACCUUCUCUAGCAGACGCCAAACUCUCUUCCUCGGGUUUGCAGCUAAGAAGAGAAGGCCUCAACCAUGGCGGCGACUACUACGGCGACGGCAAGGCAGCUUUCGCAAAAGGAAGCCGACAUUCAAAUGAUGUUGGCUGCUGAAGUCCAUCUGGGCACUAAGAACUGUGAUUUUCAGAUGGAGCGAUAUGUCUUCAAGCGCCGGAAUGACGGUAUAUAUAUCAUAAAUUUGGGCAAGACUUGGGAAAAACUCAUGCUUGCUGCACGAGUUAUUGUUGCUAUUGAAAAUCCACAGGACAUCAUCGUCCAGUCUGCUAGACCGUAUGGUCAGAGAGCUGUUUUGAAGUUUGCACAAUACACUGGGGCUCAUGCUAUUGCAGGGCGUCAUACUCCUGGUACUUUCACGAAUCAGCUGCAGACUUCCUUCAGUGAGCCUCGUCUUCUUAUUCUAACUGAUCCAAGGACUGAUCACCAGCCAAUCAAGGAAGCAGCGCUGGGAAAUAUCCCAACAAUAGCUUUUUGUGAUACUGACUCCCCAAUGUCUUAUGUUGAUAUCGGUAUCCCGGCAAAUAACAAGGGGAAGCAUUCUAUAGGAUGCCUCUUUUGGUUGUUAGCCAGAAUGGUGCUACAGAUGCGUGGCACAAUUCGCCCUGGUCAGAAAUGGGAUGUAAUGGUGGACCUAUUCUUCUACAGGGAGCCAGAAGAGGCCAAACAACAGGAAGAAGAGGAAGCUGUUCCACAGACUGAUUUUGGACUUCCUGCUCCUGACUAUGGAUUGCCUGCCAUUGGUGAUCAAUGGGGUGGCCAAAUUGCUGAUACCCAAUGGACAGCUGAUGCUGUUCAGCCACCAAUAGCAGCAGUUCCUGGCACCAACUGGAGCGAACAAGUUCCAGUGGCUGCAGAAGGAUGGGAUGCUGCCAUUCCACCACAGAUUAGCCAUGAGGCCCCUCCUGCUGCUGCUGGUUGGGAGUGAGUAGAGCCAAUGCAGAGUCUCUACAAUUUUAAUGUUAAUGAUCAGAAUGCUUGUCUUAUUGCCUUGAAGAGCUGGUGUUUUUUUGGCAUAGUUUUAGUUUUAGACAAAGUUUAAGAUUUUGUUAUCGAAGUUGACAAUCAAAAUUUUUGGUGUUUGUGAUCGUUUUAUACUGCAGAGUUGAUUAUAUUUCUUUCUUA